AUGGACGAGUACGAGAAAUACGACAACGGUAAUCUUUUAAGAAACCGAUAUGAAAAAGUUGCAAAUAUUAGUAAAGGUUCAUAUGGUUUAGUUUCACUUGCCAAGGAUAAAAAACUAAAUGAUAAACUAGUGGCGGUAAAAUUUAUAUAUCCAUUGGAUUAUAAUACAGAGGAUAAGUCCAACGAGAAAGAAAAAGAAAACGGACGUGCAAGCUCGUCGCCUGCAAGAUACCGUUCGGUUGUCAAUGCUGAAACAGAACGUAAAAAUUCAAUUUUGAAGACAUUGUACGAAGAGGCAGCCAAAGAAAUUUCAAUUCACAAGAUUUUAGGAGUCCAUGCUAAUGUCACAUCUUUAUAUGAUUAUUUUGACUCAUGCCUAAUAUUGGAAUAUUGUUCCAGAGGCGAUUUAUACGAGGCUAUCCAAAGUGGCGAUGGCCCUACGACCUCUCAAGAUAUUAAAGAUGCUUUCCUCCAGGUUUUAAGCGCGUUAGAUUAUUGCCAUUCUAAGAAUGUUUUUCAUAGAGAUUUAAAACCUGAGAAUAUUUUGAUUGGUGAAGAUUGGUCUAUUAAGUUAUGUGACUGGGGUCUUGCAACAACAACACGGAAAAUCACGAAUAGGAACGAAUUUGAUAUUGGUUCGGAAAGAUAUAUGGCACCUGAAUUAUUUGAUGAAUCCAUUGACCACUAUGAUGCCUCAAAAAUUGAUUUAUGGUCAAUUGGAAUUAUUCUAUUGACCCUAGUAUUCCAUAAAAAUCCGUUUCAGGUAGCGAAUUAUUCAGAUAAACGAUUUGUUCAAUUUGCUAGCAACAGAGAGGCAUUAUUUGAUAUUUUUUCUACAAUGAGUGGUGAGAUGUUUUCCGUGACGAGAUACUGUCUUAACAUUGAUCCUGGUAAUCGUGAUUUACAGAAUUUGCAGAAUGAAUUGACCGCAUUAAAGUAUUUUACAAUUGACGAAGAAUACUGGGCAAGUGAUUAUGAAGAUGAGGAUUUAGAGGAAGCUGAUAUUGAUGAAAAUGAGGCUGAUGAUGACGAUGAUGACGAUGAAUACUUUGAUGAUGACGUAGAUGAUUACUAUAGUCAUGAAGAAACAAAGAAAAAUGUAUCUGUAUCACUUUCACCAACUAAAUCAAUACCAUCAAUCACGACCACUGAUGUUGAAAGUAAAUCAAUUACUUGUUUAAAGCCUGAGACAGAUUCUACGACAGAGAGCGAUACCGUGAAUUCCAGGGCAAUUGAAUUAAAAGAUGAGCCGGCAAUGCCACAUAAUCAUAGAGCGGAUGCAUUAUUAUCCUCCAGUACAAAUAUGAAGCCAAUUCCAAUAUCAGAUGGCAAUAUUAAGUUUAUUCGGAAUACCCGUAAACCUUUUAAUGUUGCCUCGUACAACCAAUCGGCUAUCAAUAGUCAUCAUAAACCAAAUAAUAAUUACAAUUCGUACAAUAAUGGUAAUGUAUUUAAUAACAGGUUUAAUCGGGAAGAUUUCUUUACUCCCAAAUCUGUGUUUAAUCAUUAUAUGGACAAAUAUGGCGAACAAAGAUUCAAUACCACUGGAAAGUACCAACAUCCUCAUCAUCAGAAUAAGUAUAAUAAUCGCAGUGACUGGAAAAAAAAUGGUAAUAAGCGUCGCACAUGGAAAAGAAAUUAUAAGACAAGCAAUUCAAUGCAAAACAAGAAUCGUAAUUUUUAUCAUAAUAAUAAUUAUAAUAAUGAGAAUGAUAGUUAUAAUCACUACUAUUCUAACUAUAGCGAUAGAAGAAAAUCACAUCUGUUUUAUCCAUCUAAAUCAAGGAAAAAUAAUACUACAGGAGAUUUACUUGCAAACUCUUUUCAUGCUCUUAGUCAUCAGCAUAAUUCUACUUCUGUUAAUUCAUCUACUUCAGGAAAAUAUAUCCCUCCUUAUUUAAGGUCGCCACAGUAUAUGAAGUCACCGGACAUAGGACCUUUAGCUGAAGAAAUUGACGAUCUAGAUUUGAAUCAUGAUGAUGAUGAAGUUUUCCAUUUAGAUGCUGAUUUCGAACUUGGAAAUCCUAGAAAUAAUGAAUCCCGAAUUCCAAGCAACAAGUCAUUGCAAGCGGCCAAUGGUGAUGCAAGUUUUAAGAAGCCGAAUUUCAAAGUUCCAACUUAUACAAUUCCAAAUGUUGCGUCUGAUAUUCCAGUAUCUGGUCAUGGUAGUUUUAGGACUAACAAUUCCACAUACAGUCAUAAAGGUACUACAUAUCGGGGAAGUGGAAAUAAUACAAGACGUAACUCCACGAUUGCACCAAAUAACACAAGACCUAUAUCUAUGGGUAGUAAUGCUUUAAGUGAUAUUGCACCUACAUUAUCAUCAUCGUAUUCAACUAGUGGCAAGUAUAUUCCUCCAUUUAGAAGAAGUUCACAUGGGCCAAUUGGAAUUGGGUUGUCACACAAUCCGCAUGCUAUCAAUGGAAAGUUCAAGAAUCAUUAUGUUCCUAAUAUUCAAGAUAAGCGAAAGAUUCCAGGCGAUGAAAAGAAUCCAAAUAAUAUUCUAAUCCAAGUGAAUGAAAACAGAAUUGGCUCGUCUUCUGUACCCUCUGAUAAAACAGAUUGGUUUUUGUCGAGAAAGGAGUAG